AUGUUCCGUUUAACUUUGAAAUUAAAAGAAAUUAAACAUAAAUUACUAGAUUGGAACAAGGAAAGAUUUAAGAACAUCUUUAAGGAAAAAUUAAGAAUCGAAAAAGAACUGGAGAAUGUAAAUAUAGAAGUAAUUCGACAUGGGAUGGAUCAGGUCUUAUACGAAACAGAGAAAAGGCUCCUGGGUGAAUAUGAAGACAUUCUAGCCAACGAAGAAAUUUUCUGGAAACAAAAAUCCAGAGAAGUAUGGUUGAGUGAUGGAGAUAAAAAUACUAAGUUCUUUCAUAAUAGUGUCAAGCUAAGGAGAGCUAAGAAUAGAAUCUUGCAAAUUACUAAUGAGGAAAACCAAAUUAUCAUAGAUCAAAAGAUGAUUGUGGAGGAUGCAAUCCAAUACUUUAGAAACAUGUUGAAUAAUUGGGAAUACUCGGAUCUCUCACAUAAUCGGGAUUUGAUUAAAAAUAUUCCUAAACUACUAUCAGAAGAGGACAAUAAGAUGUUAAAUGCCAAAAUCACUAAGGAAGAAGUAAAACAGGCUCUAUCACAAUUUUCAGGGGACAAGGCCCCUAGACUAGAUGGAUACCCUGCUGGCUUCUACCAGAAAUGCUGGCAUAUUAUAGGUGAUGAAGUAUCGGAUGCCUUAGAAGCUGCUAGAAAUGCAGGCAAUUUUCCGAAGGAGAUAAAUAGUACAUUCUUAGCACUUCUACCUAAAAAAGAAAACCAUUCAAGAAGAAUUCAGACCCAUAUCUUUAUGCAACAUGACAUAUAA